AUGGUUCUCGUGGCCGAGUACCCGCACCCACACGCGCCGCCAUCGCCCUGCAUCAGUCUGCAGUGGACCUACCGCGACGGCCGGCUAGUCAACCUGCCUGCCUCGCUGCUGGCGCGCGGUGACGUGCUGCUGCUGCGGCCGGGCGAGGCGGCGCUAGCCGAUGUGGAGGCGUGCGAGGGCGAGCCGCCGCUGCGGCUGGCACGGCUCGAGCUGUACGUGCCCGACACCGGCCACCGCGGCGACGAGAAGCCGGCGCAGCCGCGCCUGGUGGCCGCGCUGCCCAAUCGCCAGUUCCGCGUGCUCACCGCGCCAUAUCUGCAGUCGUUGCGGCUGGCGCUACAGUUGCUGCCGCUGCUGCCGCUCGCCUGCAGCCUUGUCCUGGUGCCGGCCGCGUGGCUGGCGCAGGCGCGCCUGGUGGCGCUCGCGCGUGAGAUGCGCCAGUCGCGGCCCGACGACCGCCACCACCUGGACGUGAUGGACGAGGCGAGCGUGCACGAGCACGUGGCCCCGCGCUGGCACCACGUGUGGCCCGUGCUGCGCGAGACGGCGGCCGGCCGCUGCGACAGUCUGCCGCAUACGGCCAGCCUGCUGUUCACACUCGCCACGCUCACCUCGCUCUGCUGCGUGGACAAGAAGGGCGUUCUCAGUUGGCCGAAUCCCACUGCCGAGAAGGUGGUGACCAUGCGGCUGAAGGGCGGCGCCGGCGACGAGGUGGCCUCGGACGGCGCCAGCGUCGCUUCCGACGGGGAAGCUGACCCGGUGACGUCAGACGCGACGCUCGAGGUGCUCGACUUGACGCGCGACAACCCGGCCGAGCCGUGGGCUAUCCAGUUCGACGACCCGCGCUGGCGCGACUCGCUGGCACGCCUGAAGCCGAUUGGGCUGGCCGUGCUGGUGAACACGUGCAGCGAGCAGACGCUGGCCGAGUACUGGCGCUUCUGCCGCCACAUGGUGUGUCUGGCGCAGGACGACGCCGACCUGGUGCCCGUGCCGGCGCGGCGCUGCCUCUGCCAGCUGGCGCGCCAGAUCGGCUUCAGCCCGCGCGCUGCCGACGCGUUCCAGCUGGACGCCCAGGUGGCCUGCUACAAGCACCUGAAGCUGGACCAGGCCAAGCGCGACAAGCUGACGCGCGCGUUCUCCUUCAGCAAAAUCCGCUUUCCGUACCCGCACAUGAGCUCGGUAAUCCUGCGCGAGCUGUACACCAACUCGCUGCAGCUGGUGAGCCAGGGUACGGCCGACCUGGUGCUGGACUCGUGCUCUGACUUCUGGGACGGCGCCGACGUCAUCCCACUCUCGGAGGCGGACCGCAAGCGCAUCCUCGACUUCUACCACCGGCACUCGCUCACUAUGUACUGCUCGGCGUUCGCUUACCGACCGCUGACCACCAAGGUGGCCGUGGAGCUGAGCGACCGCUACCUGGAGCUGCCGGCCGAGUCUGGACACAUCUACCGCUCCGUGCGCUCGCCAGUGCCCGGCCACGGUCACGCCAUCGGCGUCGAGCUCUGGGACAAGCCGGUGCAUCCGCAGUAUAUGAGCACCGACUCGCUGUACGGCUCCGAGGUGAACGACGUCGACUCGACGGAGGGCCUCAUUCAAGUACAGUGCAACCAGAUCUUCACGGGCAUGGUGACGAUGCAGUACCAGGCGCUGGCUGACAUGGUGCGCCUCAUCGACCACCUGGAGAAGGCUUGCAUCCGCUUCGUUCACUUCAGCAAGGAGAACGAGCUGCGCUCGCGCGUCUUCAGCGAGAAGAUGGGCCUCGAGUCGGGCUGGAACUGUCACAUUUCGUUGCUGGACGACGGCACGCGGCGCCCGUCCGAGCCGCACGAGGGCCGCGCGCCGGCGCGCCGGCUUGUCUCGGACGAGGGCGGCGAGCCGCGGCCGGGCCGCGGGCUCGAGCGGCUGCGUCCGCUCAGUGCGUCGGCGCCGUCAGUCAUCAACAUGGACGUCGGCGUGCCGGCGGCCGGCGACCAGGUGUCGCUGCACGACAUCCGCGUCGGCGAGACGCCAGAGCCGGCCGCCGGCGGCGAGGAAUCGUCGCGCACGCGCGUGCAGAGCGAGUGCGUGUGGCCGCUGCUGGCGCCGGCGGCGCUUAGCGACGGCGCGCCGUCCGCCUCACGCUCGCCCAGCCACGCCAGCGACAGCAGCGACCAGUCGGACGCUGUCAACUUCGACAUGAGCAACCGUGCCAAGUUGCCCAAGGGCAUCGCGCAGAUCCGGCCGCACCUGGAGCACGUGGACAACGUGCCGCUGCAGGUGUCGCUGUUCACCGACUGCACGCCGGCCACCACGCGCGCCAUGCUGCAGGUGAUGCAGGAGUACGGCGAGGUGGUGUGCGUGCUCGGAUCGUCGGGUAACGCGCAGAACGCGGCCGUGUUCGUGCAGGCGGACGCGGCGCUGGCCGUGCGUCCCCUGCAUCCGCAGCUGUGCUCGCAACGGCCGCCGCCCGACGCCGAGGACGCCGCCCGCGGCGUAGCCGACUGCCGCCGCCCGCUGCUGGACGGCAGGUCCAGCGCCGGCGGCGGACCGGUGGCGCUGGCCGAGCGGCUCGACUCGCUCGCCUGCUCGCUGACGCUGCGUCGCGACGACAGCGUGUCGCUGACGCAGCUGGUGCUGGAGGCGCGCCACCUGGUGCAGCGGCUGCGCACGGCCGUCGCCUUCUGGACGUGCCAGGCGGUGGCGCUGGCCGGCUUGGCGCUAUUGAGCGCAGCGCUGCUGCUGCCGCCGCCGCUGCCGCCCGGCCAUCUGCUCUGGCUCGCCUGGGUCCAGGUGCCCCUGCUGGCGGCCGCCCUGCUGGCGGCGCCCGUCGACCUGCGCAUCAUGGAGGAGGCCCAGGAUCGGUGCUCGGCGCAGCUCUCGUGGCCGCAGGUGGUCUACGUUGCCUGGUGCUAUGGCCUGCGCGUGCUGCCGACGGUGCUUAUCGGCACUGUUUUCUUUGGGCUGAGCCUGCGAGCCGUCUGCCCGCCGGCCGCCUGCCUCUACGUGUAUCCGGUGGCCGAGCUGCGCGCCGUGCAGAACGCGCUGCUGUUGCUGCUCGUGCUUCACUCGUGCGUGACGUCGGCGUCGUUCGUGCACCGGCGCGCGCAGCUGUGGCAGCGCUGGCCGUGCGCAAGCCGCGCCUGGGCGGUGGCGUCCGCGCUUUCGCUGCUGCUGGCCGCGGCGUUCGUGCUGCUGGACUGCGCGAUGGCCGGCGAGACGCCGCGCUGGCCGACGGCGGCCGCGCCCCACCUGGCCGUCGCGCUGCUGGCCGGCCCGCUCGUCCAGCUGGCCGUGAACGAGCUCGUGAAGCGGUACGAGUUCAAGUAUAACAUCCGCUACCAGAAGCGCGCUCGGCUGGAGUUCGACACCAAGCUCGGCAUGAACUCGCCGUUCUGAGGGCGCCCGGCGCCGGCGUGCCAAUGGAUGUCUGUAGAGUGGAGGCGGCUGGCAGCGUUCGCGGCCGGUGAAUUUCGGUGGAGUUGGGCCGCCGACACCGAUAGACUGUGGUAGUCCUCGGUAGAACCGUUCUCAGGUGGGCAUAUGGUAGUGCACUGUAGAACUCGGGCUGUUUGUAUGGAGUCUGUUUUGCGGAUGGUGUGUCUCGGAUAGGAGAAGUCUGAUCCAUGCGUGUUCCGCACUUGUUGUCGCGUUACCACUUAUGCAUGCAACGUGUUAGCUGUGCUGCCGUGUCGCGGCGUUCCUUUCUGCUGCAAAAAGACGCCCUCGGAGGGGUUUGAUCGCCGCGGCUAAGCAUUUAAUUGCGACGCACUUACUGAAGCUGCAGUAGUUGUGUGGUUAGCCGGUAUGUUUUGGGGUAAACGAUGUAGCAUGGCAAGCCGUGUUUUAUUUCCACUGUUGACAGAAAACAUUGCGGUUGCUCGAGUUUAGUUCGAUGUGAAGUAUUCCGUAUCCGUAGAUCGAAGGGUUCGUGCAAUUCCCUCGGCUGCUUCGCACAUUGGAUGUGCUCAAGGACUUCAAUAACUCAGUGUGAUAACUGCAUGAAUAUUUGGACUAUUUUCAUACGGUAUUCAGCACAAAUACAUGUAACGUGACCACGUCA